UGAAAGUAUUACGUUUUCCUUCUGGAAACAGAAAGCUUUUAUACUAUCAAAACAGAAAGCCUCCUUUUAUUGAUACGUAAAAAGAGAAGAAGAAAAAACAAGAAAGUAUCCCAAAGCUUUAAAGGUUUUCAGUUCCAUGGCGUUUGUGGGUAUUCUUGGAAUUUUAAUUGCUUUCAUUUGCUUUUUAUUUCUGGGAUGCUUGAAAAAUAGUAAAGAUGGGCAGCCAAUUAAUUUCCCACUAGUGGGGAUGAUGCCGCAGCUCUUACUCAACGUUCACCGGAUCCACGAUUGGUGCACUGAGAUUCUCCAAAUGUGCCAUUGCACUUCACUUUUCAUGGGCCCUUGGUUCACUCAGAUGAACUUCUUGUUGACCUGCGACCCCGCCAACGUCCACUACGUCAUGAUUUCCAACUUCCACAACUUCCCCAAAGGAUCCGACUUCAUGGAGAUUUUCGAAAUCUUGGGCGACGGCAUUUUCAACGCCGACAUGGAUUUGUGGAAAUACCAGAGGAAAGUCGCUCAAGAAUUCGUUAGGCAUCAGCUUUUCCACCGACUGUUGUCGACAGCUAGUCGAGCCAAGGUGGAAAACGGGCUAAUUCCCGUUCUCGAACAUGUCGCCAAACGAGGCUUGGUGGUCAACUUAGAAGAUGUUCUCCAGAGGUUUACAUUUGAUUCUACCUUCAUCUUAUUUACUGGCAACGACCCCGAAAGCCUCUCCGUUGACUUCCCUGAAGUUCCUUUCUCCGAGGCCCUGGAUGAUGCAGAAGAAGCCUUAUUUUAUCGGCUUGCAAGGCCUCAAAGCUUUAUUAAGCUGCAAAAAUGGCUCAACAUGGGGCAAGAGCAUAAAUACAGAAAGGCGUGGGAAGUUCUUGAUGAUGUAAUAGCAAAAUGCAUAAACCAGAGGAGGAAAGAACUGAACCAAGGGUUGACCAAAGAAGCAGACCAAGUAGAGGGUAUUGAUCUUUUAACGUCAUGCAUAACCCAAGAGAAAGCAACAGGUUUGAAAUGUAAUGACAAGUUCUUGAGAGACACCAUUUUGAAUAUGAUGAUUGCAGGGAGGGACACCACGAGCUCAGCUCUCACUUGGUUCAUUUGGUUGGUUUCGAGGCAUCCCAAAGUGGAGAAAAAGAUUAUAGAAGAGCUUCGAUCAAAAAUACCAGAAAAGGAAACCAAAAAGAGGCGAGUGUUGGGUGCUGAAGAGGUGAAAGAUUUGGUUUAUUUACAUGGAGCAUUGUGUGAGGCACUAAGGUUAUAUCCCCCGGUUCCUUUCCAGCUCAAGGAACCAUUGAAAGCAGACAUUCUUCCCAGUGGCCAUCCAGUUCAUCCAAAGAUGAAAAUCAUGUUUAACUUGUAUUCAAUGGGAAGAAUGAAGUCAAUAUGGGGUGAAGAUUCAUACGAAUUCAAGCCUGAAAGAUGGAUUACAGAGCGAGGAGGGAUUAAAUACGAGGCAUCAACCAAGUUCUUGUCUUUCAAUGCAGGUCCAAGGAUAUGCGUAGGGAAAAAAGUGGCGUUUGUUAUAAUGAAAACUGUGGCAUCUGCUAUUAUCUACAAUUAUCGUAUAAAUGUGUUGGAAGAAACACCUGUUGUUCCAGCUGCCUCCAUUAUACUUCACACCAAGGAUGGAUUAAUGGCUAGGGUUUCUAGCAGAUGGGACUAAAAUGGUCCGAGGAUUGCUUCAUGCUGAAUUUUUAAUUACUGUAUGUUAAUGUUCAACAAUUGUAUUUGUAUGUCAAGAAUAUCUAUGUUUGGUUGCAAGUUGUGUGUGUAAUGAUGUUUGGCAUUUGCAAUUCGUGGUUGAGGUAGAUCUGCAAAAUAAGUAUGCACCUCUUCUAAAAUUUCAAAUUUCAAUAUAUGAAAUUUACAUUUAUUUAUUGUUAGCAA